UAUCGAGUAUUUACUUGGAUUUACUUGUAUCGAUUCAUCCCUAUAUAUUGUUAAGUAUUUUUAUCAUAAAUAUUAUAAUGUGUGGAAUUGCUUGUGGUAUUAAUUGUGAGAUUAAAACAAAUGAAAAACUUUUAAAGUUUUUGAAACGAAGGGGACCAAACUUUUUUUCUUGUCUCAAGAUUAAGGUAGAAAAUAUAUUUUUGGAAUUUGGUAGUUCAGUUCUUUGGCAGCAAGGUGAUAAUUUGUGUUCACAACCUGUUCGACAAGGAAACUUCCUCAUACUUUUUAAUGGGGAUAUUUUUAACAUUCCUGAUAAGCAAAGUGCCGAAUCUGAUACCGAAUGGUUAGCAAAGAAAAUAUCGGGGUGUACAAACGAGACGGAUGUAUGCCAUUUGAUCCAGUCUUUGCAGGGGCCAUUUAGUCUAAUAAUUUUCCAUAUAUAUUCCCGUUCUCUGUAUAUAUGUAGAGAUUAUCUGGGCCGCAACUCUCUAAUUAUUGAAAAGGAGGCUGAAUUGUUUCGUUUUUCAAGUACUUCAUGUAACUACAAUAGCAGAAAAUGCGCACUGGAGCUGCCGCCUCUGGGAUUAUAUGUGUUCGAUCCUAUUUUUCCAACUGUGUGGAAAUUGUUUCCUUGGAAACAAACAACUGACGCCUUAUCUAUAGAAAUAAAGACUCUGAAUAAUAUAUUUGGGCUAACUAUAUCGGUUGAAGAGCAUAUGAAACCAGAUUGGCUAAAGGUCCAAUUAGGCUUGAGGAAAUCUUUCGAUUUGUAUGCAUUGUGUAGAAGCCUGGCGUCCUCCUGUGAUUUGUUUGAGGCUUUGUUGGAGAAUCAAGAUUUAUUACUUGAACUGGAACAUUUUUCAUUUCUUAUCGAAGAAUCUGUGAAAAAUCGUGUAAGACAAACUACGCCUUAUUGUAUCAAUUGCUUACAUGAUCGGAGAAACUGCAACCAUGCCAAAAUCGCUAUCCUCUUUUCCGGAGGCAUCGACUGUUCGAUUCUAGCCGCUUUAUCAAAUAAAUAUGUCAAAGAAAAUGAUCCCAUUGAUCUAAUUAAUGUAGCAUUUGAAAAGUUAGAUAGUACAGGACGUAUAAGCUGGGACGUGCCUGAUAGAUUGUCUGCUAAAUCUUCUCUCAUGGAGCUAAAAAACAUAUAUCCACGACGGAGGUGGAACUACGUGGAAGUUAACGUACGGCGAGAAGAGCUUCAUGAUAAUUUACGAAAUCAUAUUAAACAUCUUUUAUACCCAUUAAAUACGGUUUUAGACGAAUCUAUUGGUUGCGCAUUUUGGUUUGCUUCCCGCGGCAAAGGUAUAUGCUCAGGAAAGGAAUAUAUCUCAACUGCAAGAAUUCGCAAUCAGCACAAACAAGUCUAUCAACAACAACUUUACAUUUUAGGAAACGAAAUCAGUGUUGCCCUGUGUAAUCUGAGAUUUGCCUGUGUAAACGGGCAGGGAUAGAAUUCCACAAACGUAUAUCGUUGACGAAAAACAGUCUCUCUGCUGCUAACUUACUAAAGUGAGGGACAAUUAGAUGUGUUACCCGUGUAGACCUAGUAAAUAUUAACUUAUUAAAAAGGUACCCUGGAGAUUCCAUAACAACCAGUCUAUAUAGAAAGUAGGGAUGUUGCGGAUGCGAA